AUGGCCGAUACGCUCCCCAUCGGUUGUCGGUUUUCUCCGUCCGACGAACAACUCUUCUUCUAUUACCUUGCGCAUAGGGUGAGAGGGGAUUUAUCGUUUUCCGGAUUCAUACCCGAGUUCGACGUGUACGAGAAGGAACCGUGGAAGUUCUUCGACGAGGACGCGGACAGGAGCUUGUACUUCUUCACCAAGAUCAAGAUGAAGAAGUCCAGAGCGGAAAGGACGGCGGGGUCGGGAUUCUGGAAGGGGGUGAAAACCACCGACAUCGAAGAUCAUCAGGGCAAUAUCGUCGGCCACAAGAAGCACUUCAACUUUAAAGCGAAAGACGGCUCGUCUUUCGAACGCGAAAACGCAGCAAAGGGAUCUUGGAUCAUGCACGAGUACUCCAUGCUUAAGCAAGAAAUUGUUCUAUGUAAAAUCCGAUUCAAGAAGGAAGAAAGCAGGGAAAAACAAGGCACUACGAUUUUCCUAAGCAUGCCUGUCGAACUCGAGAAGAUCACCGACUCAACGAAUCUUCCGACUUCAACCGCAACAUCGAUGUGCCUCACCAAGACAUCAACAUGGAACCAUCGGAAGCAAUGUCUCCCUUUUCGGGUCCUCAUGUUGAUCGGCAACCAUGGUAUUGCACAGGUUCGGAGGGGGAAUCCUUCACGUUGGCAUCUCAACCGUGCUUAG